AUGGAAAAGAUGAGAGUGGACCGGGACAAAGUACAAUCCAUUGUAUCUCGUCAAAUUCUUUCAAUCGAAAAACUGCGACGUUAUGCCAACAUGUAUCAUGAUGCGACUAUUCAAGCAAACGCAGAUGAACUUAUACGUAACCUUGGGGCAGGAAUUCGACAGGCGAGCAAAGAAUUAUCAGAAGUGUAUAUAGCGAGUGAAAAUCUACCAUCAACGUUUCGGCAAGCGUACAGAAAUAUUGAAGCGCACGCAAAAAAAACAGGCAGACUUGCUGAAGCAAAUCAACUUUUGACUGAAUUGGAAAAAACUUCUGCAAUGUACGAAAAACUUCAACGAUCUGUUCAAACAUUAAUGAUUAAUCAACAAAAACUACUACCCACAUUAAAAGAACAAACACAAACCAUGCAAGCGCUCGUUCAACAGGGUCAUGUAAUGGAAAUCAAUCGUAUUGCUAAAGAACAUAUAAAUACUGUCAUGGAUAUCGAUGGCCACAUUUAUGAUGUCAAGAUCGUAGUAGAACAACUUAUUCAAAUUGCCGAAAACGAUAACUCUGAUGGAAUGAAAAGGGCAAUUGAAGAAUUGAAAUACCAAACCGUUACUGAUCAAUAUAAGGCAAUGUUUUACGGAGCAACAGGGGGUCUUGGAGGCGCUGUGUCAGGAUUGGUAGCAAUCAAGUCGGGAUAUGCAGUAGUUUCAAUCACGGCAACAGCUGUUGCUGGUCCUAUUGCAGCUGCUGUCGGAGGAGUGGGUUUACUUGGUUUGGGUGCAUAUGCCUUAGUUACAAGCUUUGAUAAGUACAACGAUGCGUCACGUUAUAAAACCGAACUGAAAAUUUUAGAGGCCCAACAAGGGAACUUGCACACUGCUAUGAAAAAUUUAGAGAAGGCAAUUAUUGCUCAACAGACAGCGUCGAAAGCAACUCUAACAGCUCUGGAUAAUAUUGUUAUACAUUCUGCUUCAUUCUCGGACACUACUGGUUUCAAACUGCCCACUGCGAAACGAAUUGCCCUUAGUAACGAACUACUCCAUAUUAUUUCGCAAUACAAUACUUUGAUAAGCUUUUUUAAUUCAUUUAAACGAUAUACGAUUGACAAUGAUCAAGAACGUCUGCCAGCAUAACCGGCUACUUUUUCAAUCAAUCACGAACCAUUUUAUCAUCGUUGUGUGUGUUGAACGUUUUUCUUUUCUUCUUUAAUUUAAUUUUGAUUUAUUUUUGAGUAAUAAAAAGUUACAAAAAUAAGAAAAUUCAGUACGUGAGAUGAAACCGUGACGAGCUUAAUGUUCAGUUGAUCUAAUUUCUUCAUGUAGCAAAUCUUCUCAUUCAUAGACAGAACAUAUAGAGUCGUUCGGGGUAAUUCGGAUCAGAAAUCAAAAAUCUCAUUUUUUUCGUUCUCAUUUAUUUUACUCGAUAGAGGUUUGAAUUUUGGACCAUAACUAGAACAAACUCUCGUCUAUCUAUUGAUGAAAGAAUCUUCAAAAAAAAAAUGUAUUAGAAAAAAGUAUCAGCGAAAAUGGCGCAGGUCAUGGCGAGCUGAUCUGAAUUACCCAUUUGGGGUAAUUCGGAUCAGUCAUACAAUCUUGUCCGGGUAAUUCCGAUCACUCCAGCAAAAAUAGCUGGAAUAUUUUUUCCCAACUCAUAACUUUUUUUUUAUCGAUCUUCAUAUGAAAAAAAAAAAUUACUGGAUAGCCCAAAGUCUCAUCUGUGGGACCUGAAAAUAUUUCGUUGCAUGAACAAACUAUUAUAAGGCAUUGAAUAUAAACUCUGAGACCACCCUAAAUCAUGUAAAAUUGCAUUUGGGGUAAUUUGGAUCAAUAAGCCAAUAUAGAUGGGGCAAUGCGGAUCAGACUUAUUUUUUAUUUUGCGUAAUCCAGAUCAUUCUAAUCGAGACAGAGUGAACGUUUCUAAUCUUAUCCAUUCAGUCUUUCCCAACUUAUAUCAGAUUUAAAAGCAUUUGGACUACAAAAAGAUGAAGUGAAAAAUAAUACAGAACAUCAUAUUCAUUAUUGAAUUUUGUUAGUAUUUGUUGAUUCGAUUGGACUUCAUUGUAUAAUACAAUCUUUAUUUUAUUCAACUUUGCCUAUAAAUAAUAUGAUAAAUCACCUAAAAUUACAUUAAAUAAGAUAAAUGUGAAUAACAUGUCAUUUUCCACUAUGACAAAAAAAAGGAGCGGGGUUGAUAAGUAAUGAAAUCCGCCCCUUGAGAAAUUCGACUUUGCUCAAGCCAAACUACCCUAUUAGGUGCUUGAAAGCGUUCUGUGAUAGAAUUAGUCAAAUAGAACUUGUGUUUGCUAUGAACAGGUCCAGUAACUUAUUCAAUGUGUUUUGCAUUAAAAUGAUCCCGGUUUGCCAUGGUGACCAUCUCGUUUUAUCCACUCUGUACAUGACCGAGCAGCUUCGUUUUCAUAUGGUUGAAUAGCAAUUUUUGAGAGCUUCGAAAUGGUACAAAAACAUCGACGAAUAAAAAUUGAGCAGCACCAUUUGACAUGGAGAACAUUGAACCACAUAGUCAUUAAGGGUGUGGGUGUGGGUGUGGGUGUGGGUGUGGGUGUGGGUGUGGGUGUGGGUGUGUGGGUGUGGGUGUGGGUGCGGGUGGGGGGGCGGGCGCC